AUGUCGAAUUCAUCAGAUCAAAUCAUUGAUGAUUUAUUAAUCGGAUCAGAUGAUCUUCAUGAUUUCUCACUUUCGGAUCCUUCGCAACUUAUGGAAGAUUUAGCUAUGAUGAUCAGCCCUUUUUUUGUUCUACCUGAUCUCAAUAUGGGAACUCCAUCACCUUCUUCAUCAGGAAUUGGUUCUGAUUCAAAUGAUCAAGAAUCAUUGAGUAACAUUGCUCCACCAACAAAUAUGCAAUCAAAUACAACACGUCUAAAAAUAAUAGCUCAACCAUAUUAUGGUGGAAAAUUACGUUAUCGUUCCGAAUUUGACAACAAUAUCAAUCGUUUAGGUGUUCUUAAAAAUCGAAAUAAAGAGUCGAAUUUCCAAGGUCCUGCAAUUCUGAUUCCUGAGGAGUAUCGAAAACCAAAUGAUGGAUAUUAUAUCCGUAUUUCUCUUGUAACAGUUACAUACAAUAAAACAAAUCUACACUAUUUUCAUCCCUAUGAACUUGAAAAUCCAACGAAUAAGCAUAGUAAUGAUGCAUAUAAUAAUGCUGUUUGGUUACCGAUUCAGCCAGAAGAUUGUCUUUCGGGUACUAAAAGUUUUCCAUCAUUACGUAUUGUAAAAAAACGAGCUUGUCAUUUACAAACUUGUUCAAAUUUACGUAUAUUUGAUUGUCAUAAUCAAACAUUACAAAAUAAUUCAUUUGCACAAUUUUCUCGUGCAAAAGACAUAAUUGAUGAAUAUAAUCUGGAUAAAAGUCAAUUAGCAUUUACUGUUGCAAAAAAAGUAUCUACUGAUGGUCAAGCUAUGUUUCAACUUUAUCCAGAUACAACCGUUUAUUCCGAGGAAAUGGUUGAAGGUGUUGAUAUAGAAUCAACUGUUGACAAUAAUAUACAAUCAACAACCGCAAAAACCAAUUCAUCAACUUCUAACUGUCGUGUCUAUAAAUAUGCGCCUAAAUGGGGUUACGAUACAAGUAAUGAAGACAUGCUUAUUUUUUUAACAAAUAAACUUGAACCAAAGAAAUAUGGAGAAUUAAAAAUCACAUUUGAAUGCGAUCUACCAAAUAAUCAUUGGUCACAAUCAAUUGAUAAUAUUGAUAUUAAAGAUCGAAUGAUAUCAUUUAAAACACCAGCAUUUCCAUAUCCGUUCGAGAUGGUACAACCAGUUAAUGUUAUAUUGAAACAAAGUAAUCGUACUUUAGGAACAUUAACAUAUUACUAUAUGUCAGCAUGUAAUAUCGUAGAUCAUUUUGAAAUUAUUGCUGAAAUCAAGUAUGUUUUUUUUAUGCUCUUUCUAGUGAAUCAAUGUUCAAGAUGUCAAUCAAAUGCUGUUGAUAAUCGAACUGAUCUAGUGCCAAAUGUACCAAACAAACGUUUAAAUUCUAUGAUCAUCAUGCAUGACAGUGAAAAUGAUAGUCUUGUACCGGAUUCGAAAAAUUCAGAUAAAUUUCAACAAUCAUUAUCAGAACCAGAAUCAUCCCUAUCAACAGUCACUACAUCGAAUUUUGCUUCUUUACCAUCGCUACAUAUUGAUCAAACAAGUAAAGAUAUCAAUGAAAAACUGAUAGAGAAACUCUAUGCUGCCACGGAAUUAUUAUUUCUAAACAAUGAUUAUACUCCACUUCUACGUAUAUGUCGUUCAUUCGUUAAGAAACGUCCACAAUUACUUCAUGAUGCUCUCAUUAAGAAUCAUUCUGAUCUUUUAUUAAAAUUUAUACCAAUUGCUUCUAUUGAUAUUCUUCAACAAAAAAAUGAACUUAAUGAAACUUUUCUCUUACAUGCUUUACGUCUAAAUCGUAUAGAAAUUAUUCAAGCUUUAUUGGAACGAAAAAAUUCGGAAGAACUUAUUGAAUAUAUUGAUGAAAAAAGAAAUAAUAUUUUUCAUUUAAUAACAUCAUAUUCGAUUUCAUCAGAAGCACUUGAUCUACUAAUUAAUUAUCUUCAUGAAAAAUCAAUUUCGAUUCAAGAAAAGUUUGACUAUGUUAAUCAAGAUUAUCAAACACCAUUACAAUUAGCAAUUUGUAAUAAUAAUCUAUUAGUUACAAAAUCUCUUUUGCAAUAUUUUAAUACUAAUAUACAUGAAAUAAAAAAUCGCACAGGUGAUAAUCUUAUUCAUCUUGCAGUUCGUCAUGGAGAUUUAGCAAUGGUUAAAUGUUUAAUUGAAGAAGGUAAAUUAAUUAAACAAGGAAAUCAAUCUAAUUUAACAAUGACACCAAGUGAAUUAGCUCGAUCACUUAAACAUCAUGAUAUAAUGAAAUAUUUAAAUGAAACAUAUCCUCAGGAAGAUAUUGAUGAUGAUGAUGAUACUAGUUCAGAUGAUAAUUAA